AUGGAAGACCACUGGAGCGACGAGACGCAGCCCCGCGACGGGUUCUUGCUCGAAGAGAUUCCGGGCGAGCUGGAAACACCCGAUCGAGAAUGUGUCAUUUACCGCCGCGUCAAUGUAGAGACUGCGUUCGUGACGUCGCGCUUUGACUCUCACACGGAUGAGGCCGCUGCGCUGCUGCCGUCAAGUAAAGUGGUCUUCAGUACCAGUCCAGCCACACUGCAGGACCUGGAUGAUGGCUCUUCGACUGUGCUGGGUCUUGGCUCGAUGCAAAACGAGCCGAUGGAUUGCAGUCUAAAUGUUAACAAUCGAGAUGACACUGAGAUGCAAGACUUGACCAAGUCGCGGGUAUUCGUGCCGUUGGGAGAAGUGCCGGACGCUGAGGAGGUUGGCUAUCACCGAGUGAAUCCCAUGUUUGAGUCAUGCGAGCACCCCGAGGUCAUUUUCUGCAGCCUCUGCAAAGCUAUGGAAGCAGGAGACAUUGAGUUCUCUUGCAGUCCCGAUUGGACGAUAGUGGCGCAUGCGUUAGUUGCGGCGGAAGAAGUUUGCUUUAGCGUACAAUUAUGCCGCUUGGCGACGAAGUCAAUCAUCCGCGCGGACUUUAAUUUGCGCUCGGGUGAUGAGCUCAAAUUUCUCGGAUUGGCAAACUCCAUUCGCGAAGAAUGCAGAUCAAUCGACAGGGGCAUGAUAGGAUUGCCUGAACUCAGCUUUGACAUUAUUGCGGAUUGGUCAGCUCCUGAGGAGCUCUUUUUUGAAUCUCGUGCAGUAAACACGCACGAGCUUUCGAUGCUGCUGUUCGAGAUCAACUCGAAUUGCCUGCUCUUUACGCGUUACGAGUUGGCCAAGCGGCUGAACGAUCUCUGCCAGUACGCUUCCAUUCGCCGCGCUCUUGCUGAUCUUUUCAAGGAAUCGUUCGUCGCAGGUUUGCAGUCAAUGCUUCACGAUGACAACGAGGAUGUCGUACGCUUUGCCAUCUGCACUGUCCUCAAUUUCGCUACUGACGUCUCGACGAUGAACGACUUGAUGCUACUUCGGCUGCCUGAAACGCUCUGUAUCAUCUUGACGCUAUCGCAGAACAAGUCGACGAAAAAGCUUGCCAGUGCUCUCUACGAGAUCGUCAGCGUCUGA